ACAGUGUUUUUUUUAUUCAUUCCUGCUAUUGUUAAUAUUAUUGGUGCUAUCUGAUUCGAGUUUUGCUUUGCUUUUGUUUGCUUGCUUGCUUCUUCUACAGUGGCGAGAAGCAAAUUAUUAUUGUUAUUCUCCUUUUCCUUUUUUCUGGUUUGAAGGUCAAGUUUUGUGAUCUGCAAUCCUCCGUUCUUUUGUGGCCUCCAGUGUGAUUUUGAGCUCGCCUCUUCGACGGGUUCUGAACGAUUUUGUUGAAAAAAAAUUGUUCUUGAAGAGAGAGUAGAAAGAAUAUUCUGUAGUAGUCUUGACUAUUCGGAUUCAGCUGAUCUUUUGAGUCCUUUCGCCCUCACAAUUUUGUUGGGUUUUAAGUUUAAGGAAAAAGGGUAGCAAGUGGGGUUAUUUUGCUUUGGCGAUUUGGGUUUUCUUACGAAGUCGUAAUUAUUUGUUUCUGAAAUGGGUUUGAGUUGUUUUGGGUGCUGUGUGGGAAUUUGAAUCUGGGUUGCGGUUGAGGGACUGAUUAAUUUGGGGGAUUGCGAAAUUUCGGAAGUUUUGGAUGAUUUUCUUUCUUUUUUUUUUUUGGGAUUUUGGUUUCUUGGGUGAAUAGAAGAUGGGAUUAGGAGAUGAUGGCUUAAAAUUGAAGCAUCGGAGUAAUUCCAAGAAAUCAAUGGAGAGGAGGAAAAAGGUUGAUGAUGACGACGACGAUGAUGAUGCUGCAGAUAUUUCUUGUUGGCUUAAGUUAAGGUGUAUUGGUUGCUGUAUACCUUCAAGAUCUAAAGUUGAAAACUCCAUUAGUGGCAUCAGCACUCUGGAAAGUAAAUUGACAAAUAAUACGAGCAUAGAACCACCGUUGACCCCGGCAAUCCCAUCAACAACCACAAGCAAUGCCGAAAGCAAUUCUUCCAGCACCAAACUUGAAGAAGAGCUUAAAGUUUCUUCCCGGCUGCGCAAGUUUACAUUCAAUGACCUUAAGUUGGCAACAAGAAAUUUCAGACCAGAAUCUCUUCUCGGUGAAGGAGGGUUUGGUUGUGUAUUUAAAGGAUGGGUUGAAGAAAAUGGCACUGCGCCAGUUAAACCCGGGACUGGACUUACUGUUGCUGUCAAAACCCUGAACCACGACGGGCUUCAGGGUCACAAAGAAUGGCUGGCUGAAGUAAAUUUUUUGGGUGACCUUGUGCAUCCGAAUUUAGUUAAAUUAAUCGGUUACUGUAUUGAAGAUGAUCAGAGACUUCUAGUCUAUGAGUUCAUGCCUAGAGGAAGCUUGGAGAACCACCUUUUCCGAAGGUCGCUGCCACUUCCAUGGUCGAUCCGGAUGAAAAUUGCUCUGGGUGCCGCCAAAGGUCUCGCCUUUCUCCACGAGGAAGCAGACAGACCAGUCAUUUAUCGUGAUUUUAAAACAUCAAACAUCUUGUUAGAUGCUGAAUACAAUGCCAAAUUAUCAGAUUUCGGACUUGCUAAAGACGCUCCUGAUGAAGGAAAAACCCAUGUUUCUACUCGCGUCAUGGGAACUUACGGCUAUGCAGCGCCUGAAUAUGUCAUGACAGGACAUCUGACAUCGAAAAGUGACGUGUACAGCUUUGGUGUCGUCCUGCUUGAAAUGCUUACAGGCAGAAGAUCGAUGGACAAGAACCGACCCAAUGGGGAGCACAAUCUCGUCGAAUGGGCUAGGCCUCAUCUGUGUGAUAGAAAACGGUUCUACCGUUUAAUAGAUCCCCGCCUCGAAGGUCAUUUCUCCAUUAAAGGUGCCCAAAAAGCUGCGCAGAUAGCGGCGCGCUGCCUUAGCCGAGACUCCAAGGCCCGGCCACUCAUGAGCGAAGUGGUCGAAGCUUUGAAACCUCUACCAAACCUCAAGGACAUGGCGAGCUCAUCCUACUACUUUCAGACGAUGCAAGCAGACCGAGUUAGCGCCAGCCCGAAUGGGAAAAAUGGCUUCAGAACACAGGGCUCUUUCGUCAGAAACGGACAGCCACAUCCGAGAAGCCUGUCGAUACCAAAUGGCACCGGUGCCGGCGUGCAAGCUUCACCAUUUCAUCAAUCUGCUCAGAAUUCACCGAAACCAAAUGGUAAACAAUAGUAUUCCAGUGUAUGUUCAUUCUCUAAGCUCCUCUUCUGCUCGAUUGAUUCAAUAUGUAUAACUCGGAAGAAGAACUGGCGAAGAACACAUUCCAGUUCCAGUGUGAUGAUGUGAAUUGGAAUGGGAAUGAGGACCAAGAAUCACAAUCUUUGUGCGUGCAGUGUAGUGUAGUGUAAAUCUUACAUGGAACGGAAUUGUGUUUUAGGGUGGAUGGAUGAUCUGAUGCGUUGAUUGUGAACGCCGUAACGGGCAAAUGCUGGUUGCUGCUCUUAGGGUUAGAGAUGGAUGGAAAUAUGGAAUUGAUGACUGUAAUUACCUUUUCUCCUUGUGACUGACGACGACGACUCCAUGAAUGCUUCUUAUGAUGGAUGGUUCUUUUCCAGUCACAGUCUA